ACCGCCCUCGAUCCCAACUCCGCUCCGUGGGAAGGCGCCAGGAAGCCGCCCCUUUCCUCCGCCCGGGACAAAAAUGGCGUCCACAAGGGGAGGUGCUUCCUCUUUCCUAAGCAUCCAGUCCGCUGCCCUUCUCAAAGAUGGUGGACGCGUGACACGUCAAAGGGCGGACGAGGUGGCCGGUUCCGGGUGACAGACAAGCGGCGGGGGGGUGAGAAGCAGCCCGCGAUGGCGACCACGGCCGCCGAGGCGGCAGCGCUGGACGCCCUGAAGCGAGGCGGCUCAGCGGCAAUCGAGUCCCUCUUCGAAAAGCACACGACGGCCGAGCUGAGAGGCGUGGAGCGGCAGCUGCGCGCGGGCAUCGAGGGGAAGCGCGAGGAGCUGCGGCAGAUGGUCGGCGAGAGGUACCGGGACCUCAUCGAGGCGGCCGAUACCAUAGCCGAGAUGCGCGUCAGCGCCGAGCACCUGCUCGAAGCCGUGCGGGGGCUUCAGCAGCGACGGGCGCGCGGACGGGCCGCCGGACUUGCGGCGAGCAGCCAGCGCGAGACAAUGUGCCAGCCCCAGGAGAAGUUCUACUGCUUGGCAGCGCAAAUUCAGCUUCUCUUGCAGAUUCCAGAGAAAAUCUGGAGUGCUAUGGAAUCUUCUCAGUAUUUAUCUGCCACUCGGCUCUACUUGUUAUGCUGCCACCUCCGUGGCCUUCUACAGUUGGAUUCUUCGGGUACCCACUACAGCCCAAUACUGGCAUGUUUUCCUAUUCUUGCGCGACAAGUAGCAGCGGCUAGCCAUUUCCGGUCAACUAUCUUGCAGGAGAGCAAAUCACUUUUAAAAUGCCGGACUGUUUCGGAUCAUGCAGUAGCAGAAGCUUUGUGCUCAGCUAUGCUUCUUGAAGAUAGUUCACCACGCCAGGCUCUUGCAGAUUUCCUGCUGGCCAGAAAAUCUGCAAUUCAGCAACUUCUGAAUCAGCCUCAUCAUGAUGCAGGCAUCAAAGCACAAAUUUGCUCCUUGGUGGAGCUUCUAGUCACAACCCUGUAUCAAGCCCAUGCUCUCUUCUAUAACCUGCCAGAGGGAACACCUUCAGAUCCAUCUCUUCCUUGUGGCUUGCUUUUCUUGACUUUGGGGACCAUCACCAGCCAACAUUCAGCAGGGCUCAGCAUGUUGAAGGACGAAACCAAGUUGAGUACCUCUUUCAAAUACUUGCCAUCAUCUGUCACAGAAUUCCAGCCAACGCUCAGAACUUUGGCACACCCCAUAAGCCAGGAUUGCCUUAGAGAUACACUUCAGAAAUGGAUCAGCAUGUGCAAUGAAGACAUUAAAUCUGGGAUCACAGAUUUACUGGUGUAUGUGAAGAGCCUUAAAGGCUUGGCCAGGAUCCGUGAUGCCGUAUGGGAGCUGCUUACCAGUGAAUCUAUGAGUCAGAACUGGGAGACAGUAUGUCAUAGGCUUCUUGAUAAGCCCAUCUCUUUCUGGGAAGAUCUGUUACACCAACUUUUUUUGGACAGGUUACAGACUUUGACAAAGGAAGGAUUUGAUGACAUCUCCAACAGCUCUGGAGAGCUGCUUCUUCUGACUGUGCAGGAACUUGAAGCAAAAUUUAAUUCUUCUAACCACAGCAAGCAUAUCGUAUUUGAAUGUAACAUGGCCUCUUUCCUAUGGUCAGAGAAUCCUAACGACUUGCCACCUGAUGCUGCCUGGAUCAGUGUGGCAAACCGCAGCCAGUUCACUAAGAGUGGAUUGUCUAUGAAGGCGCAAGCCUACAGUCUCAGCGUCCAGAACUUCUGCAGUGCAUUAGAUUCCAAGCUGAAGGCCAGGCUGGAAGACCUGCUGUCUUACUUGCCUUCCAGCUCCUCAUCAUCUGAGGAUCCGUUGUACGGACACUCCAAGAACUCUGCUUUUGACAGAUUUGCUGACACAAGCGUAGUUGAAGAGCUGUUGCGCAGCUACUGCAUUCGCUGUUUGGAAGAUUUGCUGGGCUGUGUUAGGGAAAAGCUGCACCAUGCUCAGGAGGUGCUCCAAGGGUGCACAGAUAGCUUGCAUAACCCCCAAAUCAACACCGUUUUGUUUAUGGCACGGCUUUGCCGAUCGUUAGGGGAAUUGUGUCCACAUUUGAAGCAAUGCAUUCUGGGGAAAUCGGGGUGCCCAGAAAACAUGACAAGGGAGCUCUGGUCUUUGAAGAAGACAGGGAGAGGUAGAACCGAAGAAAUGAAUCCCGUACAGGCUAAAUGGCAAGGAUUAAAAGAACAACUAUUGCAGGAUAGCCUGUCUGCUUAUCGGAUAUGGAGCACUGCUGCUGCUAAAGUCCUUGUGCGGGACUUCACUCAAUCCUUGCUGAAAGAGGAAGCUGAAGCCAUUCUGGCAAUAGCCACCAACUGGGAGGAGAGUGAAAUUGAAGAAGAGACAGAAAGUGGAAGCAGCAUAAAAUCUAAGAUACGGCUUCCUGUCCAGCCAUCCUGGUGUGUCCAGUCCUUCCUCUUCAGCUUGUGUCAAGAAAUAAAUCGAGUUGGAGGCCACACUCUUCCUAAGGUUAUCUUGCAAGAACUGCUCAAGACAUGCAUGACUGAAAUACUAGCUGGCUAUGAAAAAUUAUCAGAAGGGAAACGGGAGAAGAAAGAAGGAAAGCUACCAAUUACUCAGAACAGGGCUUUGCAACUGCUGUAUGAUCUUCGUUAUCUGAAUAUAGUCCUGACAACUAAAAAUGAAGAUAUGAAAAGCAGCAGAAACAAGCAGGAUGCCAGGAUUGAGAAACAGAUCGAUGCUCUUGAGAGCUAUAUAGAUCCUUUCGACUUGGAUGUUUUUACUCCUCACUUGAACAGUAACCUUAAUCAUCUGGUACAACGAACUUCUGUCCUGUUUGGUUUAUUGUCAGGAACAGAGAAUCAGUACACGAGCAGAAGCAGUGCUUUAACUUCUCAAAAACUACAUAACAUCCUACCUCUAACUUCUAGCCAGAUCAGAUUUGGACUGUUGCCUCUCAGCACAUCAAGUUCUCGCAAGGCUAAACCUGUUCUGAGACAUACUGAGCACGAAACUCAGGCUUCAACUGCUGCCCUGAUGAGAUCGGAAGAGACGCUGCGCCCUGGGUCCCUGUUCAGGCAACUGGCAGCAGAGGAGGAGGAAGACACAGCAGCACCAUCUUUGUUUAAACUUGGCUGGCUCUCGAGCAUGACCAAAUGAUUGAAUAAAUGUGAACUAUCAUG